AUGCAGCUGUCCGGAAGCUGCGAGGAGGUAGCAGCCGCCCUGCAGCUGCUCGCCGCCGCCGGCCCCCUGACAAACGCCGGCCGCCGGCGCGGCGGGCGCGCCCCUUUGCAUGCAAGCUCGGGCUCGGGCACGGAUGGCGGCGGCGGCCGCGGCAGGGAGGAGGAGACGGAGGCUGCGCGGCAGCUGCUGGCCGAGCUCUUGGUCGAGGCGCUCGUGGCGGAGGCGCCGGCGCCGGCCGCAGCACUCGGGGAUGGCACGCGCGCCUUGGGGCGGCCCGCGCAUCCCGCAGCUUUAAAGGCGCCCCGCACCUCAGAGGCACCCGCGACGCUGCUGCUUUCUGGCGGCGGCGGCAGCAGGGGUUGGGCGGCGGACGAGCGGGCGGAGGAGGGCGCGAAGCUGCCCGGCGCGUGGCUGGACGGGUUCUGCCGCUCGGUGCAGCGGCUGGCGCCAGCGCUGGGGCCGCCGAUGGCGGCGCGGCUGCUGGGGGCGGCGGCGGGGUUGGGGGUGCGCGCCGGCGCCCAAGGCGGCGGCGGUGGCGCCGAGGGAAGCUUUUGGUUAGAUGAGCCCGCCGCGGGGCGGCAGCGCGGCCGUGCGGAGGACGGCGGCGGCGGCGGCGGCGCCGGCGCGGCGGCGGCCAUGCUGCGUGUACUGCUGCCCCGCUGCGAGCAGCUGCUGCCCGACUUCCGCCCGCGGGAGCUGUGCGACCUGCUCACAGCGCUCGCGGCCAUGGAUGCGGCGCCGCUGCUGCCCCCGUCGCUGCCGCGGGUCGCGCUGCUGCAGCUGCAGCUGCAACUGCCGCUUUCGGGGGGCCCGGAGAUCGUGGACACCCUGUGGGCGCUGAGGCAGCUAGGCAUAUGCCCAUACGCCCACCUCGGCCCGGAGGCCCCCGCCUUUGGCCGACCAGCUCUUGCAUCAGUGGAACGGCCCCUGCAGGCAGUCUCCUUUGACAGCCGCGGAUCCCCGGGCGCAGCCGCCGCCGGAGGGACAUCCGGGGCGCCGCUGGGCGCAGGCGGCGCCGCAUGGGUCGAUGACGUCAUUGUUCGGCUGCACGCCACUAUGCCGUCGCUGGAUGCCCGGCGCCUCGCGCGGCUGGGGGCGAUACUGGGGUUCCUGCUGCGCCGCCGCCCGCCGCGCGCGUGGCUGUACGAGUACUACCAGCGCCUGCGCGUUGAGGCGGCCGGCAUGGCGCCCGGCGAUCUGGUGAUCUGCCUCGAGGGGCUGGCCGAGGUUAGGCUGAGGCUCGACGACGAGGUGCUGAGCCGCGUCGCCGCGGCCUUGCGCGCGGGGCUGGGGGCGUCGGGCGCGGCGCUGCUCGCGCGCGCGGUGGCGGCGCUGCGGCGGAUGUACGGGAAGCUGCCGGGGCGGAAGGCGCAGCAGCUGGUGGAGGAGAUGGAACGGCGGAGCAGGUGGCAGGGGUGA